UGUCCGUUUUGAACGCUCAUAUAAAAUCUAUUGGAGCGACCUUUGUCUAGAGAAUCUGAAAUACAGAUUUAGCGACCCUGUUCGAAAGUAUUGCGCUGCCCCACUGUUAGGACAUUCAAGCUAGUGCCUCCGUGUUUGCACGACCAUUUGCUUUGCAUGUCUGUUCCAGGACCCGAUCAAGGUUAAAGAACUGAGUGAACAGUGUGAUGUCAUUACUGUGGAGAUUGAACACGUCAAUGUGGAUGCUAUGGCUGAGAUCGAGCAGACAACCAACAUCCCCAUCUACCCGAGCGCCAAAACAGUGCGCAUAAUUCAGGACAAGUUUGUACAGAAAGAGUUUUUAAUCAGCAAGGACAUCGACGUAGUCCCGUCAAGGUCUGUACAAUGUGUCGAAGACGUGGUGAAGCUGGGCGAGGAGUUUGGAUAUCCAAUGAUGUUGAAAGCAAAGAAACUGGCCUACGACGGGCGAGGGAACUCGGUGGUGGAAAGUGCGGCAGAUGUGCGCAUUGCAUUUGAUUCCCUUGGCGGGCGUGACCUGUACGUCGAGAAGUGGUUCCAGUACACAAUGGAGCUGGCUGUGAUGGUGGUGAGGGCCAUAGACGGGACCAUUCGCACUUACCCGGUGGUAGAGACGAUACAAAAGGACAACAUUUGCCACACAGUCAUAGCUCCCGCUCGCAUUCCCGCUGAAGUGGCGGAGCGAGCACAGGCGUUGGCGGCUGAUGCCAUCAGAGCCUUUGACGGAUGUGGGGCGGUGGGAGUGUUUGGCGUGGAGAUGUUUGUGGACAAGGAUAUGGCUUUAGUGGUCAAUGAGAUCGCUCCCAGACCCCAUAAUUCUGGCCACUACACCAUCGAGGCGUGCUACACAUCGCAGUUCGAAAACCAUCUGCGAGCUGUGCUGGGUCUUCCACUGGGCGACUGCUCUCUGAAGGUCGGAGGAGCUGUUAUGGUUAAUAUAUUGGGAAGCGGAACCUCCCUGGACGCCACGUGGCAACCUUUCGCCCGCGCGUUGAGCUUGAAUGGCGCAAGUCUGCACUGGUACGGCAAAUCAGCUGUGAAGCAAGGAAGGAAAAUGGGUCACAUCACCUUCACAGCCGCGUCGCUCGCAACCGCGCUAUCAAUCUCCGAACAGGUCACUCAGCCGAAUAGUGAGAGUUCAAACAGCAGUGACAGCCAGCCGGUGGUAGGCAUUAUAAUGGGCAGUGACUCUGAUCUGCCAACCAUGAAGGCCGCCGCACAGAUUCUGGAGAAGUUUGAAGUUCCGUUCGAGGUGACAAUUGUAUCGGCACAUCGCACGCCUGCACGCCUGGUGGAGUACGGCAAUACAGCUCGGUCGAGAGGCCUGAAAGUGAUCAUCGCUGCUGCCGGGGGAGCUGCCCAUCUACCAGGCAUGACAGCCGCGUUAACCCCACUGCCAGUGAUUGGAGUUCCUAUUCCGUUGAAGUACCUGGAUGGAGUCGACUCGCUGUACUCAAUAUGUCAAAUGCCGCGCGGGGUGCCCGUGGCCACAGUUGCGAUUGGAAACUCAACCAACGCCGCAUUGCUGGCCAUACGCAUGCUUGGGGUGGCAGACGAUUCACUCAACACACGUAUGGAGAACUACUUGCGAGCAUCAGAGCAGGAAGUGCUAGGCAAAGUGGACAAGCUUAGGGAAAUUGGUUGGAAAGCGUACGGCGAAAAUUAGAGCUCAUGUUGCAACUUUUUUAACUGAAUAAAUUCGCCACGGGCACAUUCUACAUAUGUACUACGUUUGCUAGGCUUCGGAAGAAUCCUACCUGCGUAAUCUCUAUA